GCUACCUGGGCUUGCGGUGUCCUGCUGGCAGUGAUGCUGCGAGUGCGGUGCUUGCGCGGGGGCAGCCGCGGGGCCGAAGCGGCGCAUUACCUCGGCUCGCGGCUUGGAAGAGCCUUGGCAGGAUGGGUGCAGCGAUCUUCUCAGAGCACCCAGGCAGCCGCGGCCUCCCGGAACACCUGCGCUGCCGAGGACAAGGCCACCAGCCCCCUGCCUAAGGACUGUCCUGUUUGCUCAUACAAUGAAUGGGACCCGCUGGAAGAGGUCAUUGUAGGAAGAGCUGAAAAUGCUUGUGUCCCACCUUUCUCUGUGGAGGUUAAGGCCAACACAUAUGAAAAACAUUGGGGAUUUUAUGAGAAAUUUGGAGGCCAGAGUUUCCCCAGAGACCAUUUAAAAAAAGCUAUUGCUGAAAUUGAAGAAAUGUGCAAUAUUUUGAAAAGAGAAGGUGUAAUUGUCAAGAGACCUGAUCCAAUUGACUGGUCUGUGAAGUACAAAACACCUGAUUUUGAGUCUACAGGUAUGUAUGCUGCCAUGCCAAGAGACAUCCUGCUGGUGGUGGGAAAUGAAAUUAUCGAAGCGCCUAUGGCUUGGCGUGCUCGAUUCUUUGAGUACAGAGCAUACAGAGGAAUCAUCAAAGACUAUUUCAGACGUGGUGCCAAGUGGACAACUGCCCCCAAACCCACAAUGGCAGAUGAACUCUACGAUCAGGAUUAUCCGAUCCGCUCUGUGGAAGACAGGCAUAAACUGGCAGCUCAGGGAAAAUUUGUAACUACUGAAUUUGAGCCAUGCUUUGAUGCUGCUGACUUCAUUAGAGCUGGAAGAGAUAUCUUUGUACAAAGGAGCCAGGUUACAAAUUACAUGGGCAUUGAAUGGAUGAGGCGACAUCUUGCACCAGAUUAUAGAGUGCAUGUAAUAUCCUUUAAGGAUCCUAACCCUAUGCACAUUGAUGCCACUUUUAAUAUCAUUGGACCUGGUCUUGUGCUCUCUAACCCAGACCGUCCCUGCCAUCAGAUUGAGCUCUUCAAGAAAGCAGGCUGGACUGUGGUUCAUCCCCCAGUGCCACUCAUCCCAGAUGAUCACCCACUGUGGAUGUCUUCUAAAUGGCUGUCCAUGAAUGUGCUAAUGCUGGAUGAGAAACGUGUGAUGGUGGAUGCCAAUGAGACAUCAAUUCAGAAGAUGUUUGAAAAUCUGGGCAUUUCUACAAUUAAGGUGAAUAUUCGCCAUGCCAAUUCACUGGGAGGUGGUUUCCAUUGCUGGACGUGCGAUAUUCGCCGCCGGGGCACCUUGCAAUCUUACUUUGACUAGCUAUAAACCCAGAUGGCAGUGGUUCAGCUUCUAAAAUAAGCAUAGUAACUGAUGAAAUUAAUUUCACUUUUGUUAAAAUGACUGCAUGAGCUCUAGUGCUUGAUCAGUGAUGUCCUUACAAUGGUCUGGUAAAUAAGUUGUUCUUACAUAUUCCUCACUUAGAGCAGCAUGAGCAAAACUAUUUCCACCCACAAUACAGAUUUUCCAGCUGGCUUCCUGAAAGACAUCCCUCAUCUAUGACACUUUUUACACUGGCUUUGAAUGUCAAAGCUUGGCAAGUUAGCUAAAAGGUCUUGCUAGAAUAGCUUGGCCACUAACAUUGGACAUCUACCUCUGUCUAGCUACUCUAUCAAAUAGGCAGCUUGAAACUUUAAACUUGAGUAAACUUUUCUUAUUCAUCAGUUCUAAUAUAUUUGUGUUGAAUGAAGUUAAAAUAGAUGCAGCUGUACUGAUCUCUUCUGGAACCAAAUGACUUUAUAAUACAGUUUUUCAUGUUGAGCCAUACAGGUAUUUACAGAGAAUUUCUGAUACGAUCUAACUUUUAAGACUUCUUCACUUGUCAUGUCCCUUCUACAUUUUCUUCUGAUGCAUAUCAUGCAUCUGAAUACUUUUUUUACUGCUUUUUGUAUUGCUGAAACUGCUUGUUUGGUUGGGUGGGGUUUUUUAUUAUUUAACUUUGGAGUGUAGAAAUGAUAGCUAAUAUUCAGCUUGUAAGAUUUCACUCUGAAUUGUUUACAUUUAAAGAAAGCACAAAGCCCCCAAACACCAACAACCUCCCUCUAACUCUCUGAUAACUUAAAACUGCUUUCUUCCUCCAACUGUGGCAGAUACAGAAGGGCAUAUCCAACAUGUCAGACGCUCUGAAGGAAUUUGAGUAUUGAUUACUGAAUAUGUACUUGUUAUGCCAAUAAAGUGGUUUUUGCAUUCUCAA